GCGCUCUCCCUCUCUCUCAGCCCAGCCUGUGGGGGGAGCACUUUUGGGGACUGAUGCAGACCCCACCUCAGAUCUUCACUGUCAGUGCCUGUGCCUGGGUCAGCAAUUUUUGUCGCUUUCGAGAAAUCGGGGCAGCCGAAUCUCUGGAGGUGCCAGAAAAGAUGUCAGUUAGUGUCCACGAGAACCGCAAGUCACGAACGAGCACAGGCUCCAUGAAUAUCUCCUUGUUCCACAAGCCCUCCCAUCCAGACAGUGUGCUCACCCACCUCAACACCCUCCGCAAGCAGUGCAUGUUUACGGAUGUCACGCUCUGGGCAGGCGACCGCUCUUUCCCUUGCCACCGUGCUGUGUUGGCCGCCUGUAGUCGCUACUUUGAGGCCAUGUUCAGCGGAGGGCUUCGCGAAAGUCUCGACAGCGAGGUCAAUUUCCGUGAUAGCGUCCACCCCGAGGUACUGGAGCUGCUGUUAGACUUCGCCUACUCGUCACGAGUCAUCAUCAACGAGGAGAACGCAGAGUCGUUGCUGGAGGCGGGAGAUAUGCUGCAGUUCCACGACAUUCGCGAUGCAGCUGCGGAGUUCCUCGAGAAGAACCUGCAUUCGUCCAAUUGCCUUGGCAUGAUGCUCCUCUCUGAUGCUCAUCAAUGCAAGCGCCUGUACGAACUCUCGUGGAGGAUGUGCCUUGUCCACUUUGAAGCCGUCAGAGACACGGAGGACUUCUACAGCCUUUCUAAAGACAAGCUCCUGGACCUCAUUCUGAGCGACGAGCUGGAAAUAGAGGACGAGCAAAUCGUGUUCAAUGCCGUCAUGCGCUGGGUCCGGUACGAUCUGGACAGUCGGAGGGACUACCUCCCUGAGCUACUUAGAGGCGUCCGUUUAGCCCUGCUACCUUCUGAGUGUCUGAUUGAAGCAGUGGCUUGUGAGGAGCUGGUCAUUUCAGACAAACGGAGCAGACAGAUAGUGGACGAGGCUAUGCAGUGCAAAAAAAAAAUCCUGCAGAAUGAUGGCGUGGUCACCAGUCCCUGCGCCAGACCUCGUAAAGCAGGUCACACUCUGCUUAUUCUCGGUGGUCAGACCUUCAUGUGUGAUAAGAUCUAUCAAGUGGACCAUAAAGCAAAAGAAAUCAAUCAAUCAGACCUGCCUAGUCCUAGGAAAGAGUUCUAGUGCAUGUGCAUUGGAUGCAAGGUUGUCGUGACAGGUGGUAGAGGCUCAGAGAAUGGAGUAUCCAAGGAUGUGUGGAUAUACGACACAUGUCACGAGGAAUGGUCCAAAGGUGCUCCCAUGUUAAUUGCGCGCUUCGGUCAUGGCUCAGCCGAAUUGGAAAACUGCUUAUACGUAGUAGGAGGACACACAGCAAUAGCAGGUGUCUUCCCAGCCUCACCCUCUGUGUCCCUUAAGCAGGUGGAGCGGUAUGAUCCGCUUACCAACAAGUGGACGAUGAUGGCACCUCUGAGGGACGGUGUCAGUAAUGCGGCGGUGGUCAGUGCUAAGCUGAAGCUGUUUGUCUUUGGUGGUACCACCAUCCACAGGGACAAAGCUUCCAAAGUCCAGUGUUACGACCCCAUCGAGAACCGCUGGACCAUCGCAGCCGAGUGCCCGCAGCCCUGGCGUUACACGGCGGCUGCCGUUCUGGGCAGCCAGAUUUUCAUUAUGGGCGGGGACACGGAAUUCACAGCCGCUUCCGCCUACCGUUUUGACUGUGAGACAAACCUAUGGACGCGGGUGGGCGAUAUGACCUCUAAGCGAAUGAGCUGCCAUGCAGUAGCCUCUGGUAACAAACUCUAUGUGGUUGGGGGCUACUUUGGGACACAGCGCUGCAAAACACUGGACUGUUACGAUCCAACAUCAGAUAGUUGGAACAGUAUUACAACUGUGCCUUACUCACUGAUUCCUACUGCAUUUGUUAGCACCUGGAAGCAUCUUCCCGCCUAGUAACUUCCCGGAAACAGUUGGUAGACUAAACCCAGGUGCCGCACACUACUCCGGACACAGUGAACAGGACGGGGCAUUGCUGGAACUGUCUUUUAGGUCGGCCCAGGGAAGUUCAGCGUGUGCCCAAUGAGAACAUGGCUGCAGUGUGGUUGGUCAUGUCUCUUUCACUGAACGUCACUCAAAAACAAACCAGCUGCCCACCUCCAAGAGCAACAGCAGGGUGUAGCAGAACAAAAAAGGUCUUUGGGGAGAAGUGUCACAAGUUUGGACAUCUCAUCACAGCACAAAGCUAAAACUCCAUGUCAGUGCUUCUCUUCUGUUACCAUAAAGAGGCGCACUUACACACUGACCUCAGCCCUGGUUUUCUUUUUUCUUUUUUUUCUUUUCUUUUUUAGGACUGUUUUGAAAUGUAUUUGUGUAGUGAACACUUUUGCAACCCAUAAAGGCAAUUGGCGAAGAACAUUCCAAUAGGGAACUCAGGAGUCCAGGCCAACUACAAGGAUUACCAAAAAAAAAAAAAAAAGGCAAGCAAUGCAUGAAUAUCACUAUGCCAUCACAAAGCUUAAUUUUUCAGUAUAUGCUUAAUGUUGGUUUCCCUUGCCUCAAGGGACUUCUGGAUGUUACAUUAUGACCAUUACGUUCAGUCAGACCUCUGCUUCAUGCAAACAGAGAAAAAUACAAAAUAUCCCAUUGGGGAAACGCAGGUUUAACAUCGAAGGCAUGACUGAGUGGUAAACUGUUUAUACUACUUAUAUUUAUUUGCUAUCUGUGAAAUACAAUGUAACCUGGAACUUAUAUAGAUCCACAGCACUAUCUACAAUAGUGGACUUCCUGCUUUUUUGAACAUCCCCUGAUUACUAAAGAUACAAGAGUAAGAAAUGCAUUGCCUGUGAUGUGUUAGGAAAAAAAAAUUGAGAAAUUGCACAUGUCUCUAUGAGGUUGAUACUGGUCAAUGAGGGUACUUAAUGCUUUGUUACUGGACUUUUUUCUGAUUUGAAUGAAUUUGGAAAUGAGAACUCAGAAGGAAAGGGCCUGUUUUCCAGCCCUGAUAUAGUCUUACAAACUGUUUUUAAGGGAUUUUUGAAGAGGAGGUAUUGGAACUGUUUUUAAAUAGUAAUGAAACACUUUUAAACUUUUUUGUCAUCAUCAUAUGAAGGCAUUUCUGGGAAACCGUAUUUGAUCCUGAAUGCCCUCUUGUGAAUUGGAUUCGUGGUGCCUAAUAAUGGUAGAAAUGUUUUGUCGUUAAUUCACUCUGCUCAAGGGUUUGAAUAAAUGACUUUUUGA